AUGAAAAAAAUAAAAUAUGUUCCACUUUUGUGGAAACAAAAGGUGGAAAUUAAUUGUACAAGAUACAAACAUUAUUCUUCUUAUUUUUGCAAAUUCGAUAAGAAUUUUUUUUUUUGCACAACUGGGAAAGAUACAAGCAAAAAUAAAUACAUAAAAUGUAAUAAUUGUUACAAUUACAUAAACAUGGAUACGGUACCUCUGUCAUGUCACGUAAGUUCGACACAGUUACCACCCCUCACCAUGAAUUUUUACAGUCUUGCAAUGCACUUAUUAACGUGGAAAUCUUCAAACAAUUCAACUUCUUUGAUAUUUUUAGUUUUUAUAUUGUACCUCAUUUUUUAUUCACCUUUUUCACGCAUCAGACAAAGCACAUACUGCAUAGACAAAGGGUAUUUAAAAAAAAAAUUUAACGAUAUACAGAAAAUUUAUCAUCCAGACAAACAUGCACGAAAUGAGAAGCUAGACCAAAUAAACGAAGUCUCGAGUUACCUGAACAGUGCAUACCAAACUUUACAAAAUGAUGUUGAUAGAGCUCUAUACCUGCUGAAUAUCAAAUACAACUACAAGAUAUCGGAUGAUGAAAACAUGGAUGAUGAUGAAGAAUUCUUGGCAGAAAUUGUACAGGUGAAUGAAGAAAUCAACAACCCAGAAGCUAAUAUUUCUCAGCUGACAAAGGAAUAUAAAGACAAAUACAUGGAUUACAUUGAAAAAAUUAAAAUAUAUUUUGAAAACAAGGAUUUCGAAAAUAUCCUGAAGGCCUUAAAAAAAUUGAAAUUUAUAAAAAGAAUAUUAGAUCGAUUGCAAGACUUGUGA